AUGAAGGCCUUACGGUUGUGUGGAAUCCUGGCGAUUCCGCAGAAUUCGAGUGCUCUAAUAUUCGUACACGACUUUGGCGACGGCGUACGACGCACAUGGGCGACUCAGAACUUCUUCUGGCCUGAGGAGGUGCUUCCGAAGGAGGUUUCGAAUGCGAGAGUCAUCAUGUACGGAUAUCCUACGAAACGGUCAUUGAGCGCCCUCCCGCAGCAGGGAACGGAUCUGCUGCUGGCUAUCAUGGAGGAGAGGAAGAAGAGCAAGAUUAAGGGCAGGCCGGUGGUCUUCAUCUGUCAUGGAUUGGGCGGGUUAAUAUGCAAGAAUGCCAUCAUCGCGUCGGGAACCUCUAAGAAUGCCCAGCGCUUCCUAGCGAAUUCCACCCGCGGCAUCGUCUUCCUAGGAACUCCUCACAGAGGCAGUAAGGCGUCCUUACAGGCCAAAAUCUCUCGGAUCGUGAGGCACUUUUCGGCAGAGCAACGCGGCUCGAUAUCACUGCCGAACGGGCGUUCCGGUCUUUGGGAUCAGCUCAAUACUUUCCCGCAUAUGAUGGAUAAGUUCCACAUUGAGGUUGAGUGUUUCUACGAAGCUUCGGCAUCACAGGUCGUCGAGGAGGCUGCUGCCACCAUGGGAAGAGGGGAGCGGACUCAUGCUUUGAACGCCACCCACGUUGAAAUGUGCCGGUUCGAGAAGUCAACAGACCCGGGUCUCCUAUGCAUCGUUUCCUGCAUCAAGAGAUUCUGCACACUUCCGCAAGAUGUGACAAAGCCUGACGAGAAAUACACGAUUCCAGCAAAGUCUCCGUUCUCGCGGAACGUUAACUUCUGCGGUCGGGAAGAAAUGCUGGAGGUGAUUCGGAAACGGCUCUGGCCCAACAGCCUCACGGACGACAGCUCAGGCCCUCUCAACCGCAACUCGAUCAGCUUGGUUGGGUCCCCAGGCGCAGGGAAGUCGCAGAUUUUAUUAGAGUACAUGUACAGAUACCACACGCAUCAACAGAAAUACUCCUCCGUCUUCUGGCUCAACGCUGGCAGCGCCUCGCAAUUACAGGCGAGCUCAUACGACGCUGUAAUCAGCAUCAUCGGGCACUACGACAAGAUAUGGAAAACUGCGCCGGACCGUGAUCAACGUAUCGCCCACUCACUGAAGAUCUUUGAGCCACCAAUCAUGACCCGUGCUGCAUUGGUGGAGGCUACCAAUCGCUUGUCCAGCGUGCAGCUCCUACGGAACUGGCUAUCGCACGAAUCCAAUAACCGAUGGCUGCUCAUGGUCGAUAACUACGAUCCUGACUCGUUCGAGCUGGAGAUUGUGAUCCCGGUGUCAGAAACGGGUCAUAUACUCCUGUCCACGAAUAAGCCGUAUGCCUGCCCCGGCUCGCUCUUGGUCACGGUCACCGAUAGCAUCGGUGAAGCCCAAAGCGUGGACCUGUUGAUCACAAGCUCCGGCAAAGAUCCUGGGACCGUGUCUCGAAAUGAUAUGUCAUGGGCUAGUAACAUCGUCAAGCUGAUCGGACAGCUCCCUCUCGCGCUGGAACAAGUCGGGGCAUACAUCGCAGUUACUAAAACUUCCCUGCAGAAGUACCACAAGCUGCUGAAGACGGAGCUCGACUACUCCUCCGAUGAGACUGGUGACAAGCACAAGCUUAAUACCAUCUGGGGGAUUACCUGGAGUAAACUCGAUGUCAAGGCGAAACAUCUGCUGGAGUUGUGUUCGUUGAUUGCCCAUGAGGAUAUUCCCAUCAAGCUGCUCAAGGGAGGGAAGGAGGAUGUCAGCUGGAUGAAAGACGACCAGACGAUAUUGGAGGCGGUGGGCAGCCUGCUCGCGUUCUCCUUCAUCACCAGCAAACCCGAUGACACCAGUUUCUCAAUCCAGCCGCUAUUCCACCUAUGGGUGCGCCGGCGUCUCGAAAGGGACCCGUACGCCAUGGUUGAGGCAAAGAAGCUCGUCACAUGCAUGGUAUCCGCGAGCUUCAACUUCGAAGAAGGCCUUUCCUCGUCAGCGGAAUACACAUACGAGCACCUGAUCCUGCCGCACAUCGAGCUCACCACGGAAAUCUUCGAGAUCCAAUGCAACGGCUAUGGCGAAUUCCUGGAUCAGCGGACGCGCAAGGUUGCGUACAGUCUGGCGAGAGCCUACGAACGUCUUGCAAACCCGCGGAAGGCCGCGGCGCUAUACCAGAGAGCGCUGAAAUGGAAGGAGAAGAAUACGUGUGUCACACAGGACUUCAAGAUCAUGGAUGCCUACGCGCAGAAUCUGCAGUCGCAAGGCGAGCUCGACGAAGCACUGACGUGGUAUAAGCAGGCGCUGGAAGGAAUGGAGCGCGCGCUGGGCGCAGAUAAUGUCCUGACCAUUUCCAUCGUCCAGCAUAUCGCGAUUCUGCACACCAGCCGCGGACAGUUCGAUAUGGCGGUGGUGGAGUAUCAGCGGGUACUGGCUGCGCAGGAGAAGAAGCGCGCGAAGGGACAUCCAAUCACACUCGAGACGCAGCAGCGUCUAGCACUCGUCUACCUCAGCCAGGGGAAUUAUGCGGCCACGCUCGAGCUGCUGCAGAAAGUUCAGGGCGAAAGGGAGAAGAAUAUGACUAUCGGACCUAAUCAUUCGUCGACGCUGGAGACACUGGGACAUGUUGCCAGUGUGCUCGAGAAGCAGGGACGACACUCCGAGUCGCUGGAUGCACACCAGCUGCUGCUGGAUAGGAAGAUGGCGUCGCUCGGCGAACAUCACCACUCUACACUUGAGACGCUGGAUGGAAUGGCAGAGCUAUACACACGACUGGGACGGUACAUUGAAGCGUUGAGCUGUCAUGAAAAGGUGCUGGAUGGUCUGAUGAAGCUGUUUGGAACCACCGAGCAUCCGUGGACAUUUGGGACUGUCUCGAAGAUGGGCGAUAUAUACCUGCGGCUGGGACAGUACGUGGAUGCUGAAAAGGAGUAUCGCAAGGCGUAUGCGGGAUUCAGAGCGCUGGGUGUGGAUGUUCGCGAGUUUGAGACGGCGACGAGUCUUGGGAAGGUACUGUGUCUCCGUGGACAGUAUGCGGAAGCAUUGGACUGGAGCCGACUUGCGGAAGGCGGACUCGAGGAGAAGCAGGGGAAGGAUGGAAUCUCCACUCUCGUCGCGAAGUCCUGCACCGCGAAUAUCCUGCAAUCCCAGGGAAACUAUUCUCAGGCGCUCGCGCUGUACCAGCAGGUACUCUCUGGCUACACUACGCAAUCCGGCGCCCAGCACCCGCUCACCCUCGCCACGACGUCUUCCAUCGCCGACGUUCUCACCAAACAAGGCCACUUCUCAAAAGCCCUGCAGCACAUCAACACGCUCGAGCCCCUCCAGGAAAAACUUCUCGGCGACACGCACCCAGACGUCCUUUCGACGCUCACUACGCACGGCCUCCUCAGCGGCGAGACCGGCAACUACGAGCGAUCACUCACCUUCCACCAGCGCGUCUUCAAUACACUUACCAGCAGCCUCGGCAAGUCGCACCCGCAAACCCUCGUGGCCUCGUACCACCUCGCCGUAGCCCACGAGAACAAAGCGGCGAUGCCCGCAGCCUCAGCCGGCUACAACACGGUGAUCUCCGGGCUCCCCGCCGACCACCCCUACGUCCUGCUGGCAACCGUCGGAAUGGGCAACAUCCACCGGAUCUCUGAGCGCUACGAGCAAGCGCACAGUCUGUACACGACGGCGCUCGCGCGCCUCAAGGAGAAGCUCGGCGACAGCCACCCAGAAACGAUCAAGUGCGCGUGCUACCUCGCCGCUACCGCGGUGAAAUUGAAGCGCCUGCCGGAGGCGGAGGCGCUUGCGGCCGAGGCCGUCAAGGCCGCCGAGGAUACGCUGGGCUCUGAGCACCCCAUCUCGCUCAUGGGUGUGCAUACCCUGGCGAAGGUCCAUGCCAAGAGGAAGAGGUAUAAGGAGGCCGCGGCGGGGUUCCAGAAGGCGCGAAAGGCGAGGGAGAAGAGUCUGGGCAAGGGACACAAGGAAACGCUGUUGAGCGUUAGGGAGGAGAAGAAGAUGAAGAGGAGGAGUUGGGGGUGGAUAUUCUAG